AUGCGCCAUUUCGACACCUGGUUGCUACGCGACCCCUACUCCAUCUGGCACUAUUAUUCUACUGGACGACGAUGGCAGGAAACCAUCCGCAGCAUGAUCCAAGAACGCCAGAUCUGCGCCCCCCAGGUAGACCUCUCUCAUGACAAACCGUCACCAGUCGAUCCCUAUGCUCGGGAAAUGUCUUCCCAGGAAGACUGCAUGCUCUUUCGGAAGCUCCCUGCUGAGAUCCGUUUGAUGAUCUACGACUACGUGUUCGGUGAUGAGACGGUCCAUCUGGUCCAGCUCAAGGGCAAGAUCCGCCACGUUCGAUGCACUCAUCCUUCGACGUCCAUCGUGAGCAACAGGUCCUGUUGCCCGGUCACCGCCGCUCGCUGGCGAGUGCAGGAUGCCCGCGUCGAGGACCAUGCCCAAUCGUUGCUGUAUCCGCACACUCACUUCUCGCUGCCCGAGUCCCUGAGUAAUUCAUCCUUGUCUCUCCUGCGCACCUGUCGGGCCAUCUACGCGGAGGCAUCCAAUAUCCUCUACUCUAAUCUCGCCUUUGAUGUGGAUGACUUGCACACCUUCAUUGCCUUCUCCCUGACCGUCAACCAGGAACACCUCCGAUGCAUUAAGCGCCUGACCGUGCAGUGGAUGCCGGUCUGGCAGCCCAUGAAGGGAGAGGUGCAGCAGUCGUCCGUCUUCUCCCACACGCAUAACGACCAGCUCUGGGUGCUCUUCUGGUCUCGGGUUGCGGCUCUGGGCGGGCUCGAAGAGCUACGACUCUGUCUCGACCUUGGUCGUUUCAGCGGAAAUCUAAUGGGAGGUGGUGUUGUCGGGGGACAUCGUCUGAACCUCGCCAUCGAUCAACCCUGGAUUGCACCAAUGCUGCAGGUUAGAGGCCUCCGAUCUUUCGACCUGGGAAUCACAGCCAAGUGUGAUCUUCGCGCGAAGCAGGUCAUGGAGGAUGAUCUUCGACGCGAUGCCGUUACUCUACGUGAUCUGUUGCGGGCUAUCUUGUGUUCCUCUCCUGAUCAACCCCUGCAUAGCUUCAAUUUCAAUAUACCCAAUCUGAAGAAACCAUGCUCCACGGAGACUUUUGAUGAAAGAAAAGUUAGACCGCGACUUGCUAUUACCAGUGCUUGA